AUAUGAGGUCAAACAUUAAAAAUUUUAAAUUUCAUAAAUUGUAAGUUACAUAUAAGUAAUCGGCUAUUUGUAAAUCGCAUGUAUAAUUGUAUGUCUCGCACGAUUAAAAGAAUUUAUAGUAAUAUUAGUUUAAUAGACAGGUAACAAGAACUCAUACAUAUAAGAUUAUAUGUUCAAUACAAGUAAACAUUUUAUUUCUCAAUAAUUUGCAUAUUUGCUGAAGAAAAUAAGUAGUUUUCUGAUCUAUUUCUUUAUUCUCACGAUACAUUGUUAAAAAAAAUCUUCACGACGGAACUUAUAUAAAACCAACGCUUACAACUGACUGGACUAUUCACGGAUAAAUUUUCAACAAACAAGAUGUUUUACGCACUUUGUAUAUUCAUCGUUGUAGUGUUUGGACUUAGUGCUGCAAAAGAAGUACCUCUUCGGCUUCCAGAAUUCGAUUUUCCACCUUUGGAUCCAUUUACUUUUGAAUUUGGUAACGUAGUAUUUGAUAGAGACGCAAUACACGGAGUAGUAAAUAUAUCAAAUUUCAUUGGUGAGGGUUUAUCAAAGACUCGUUUUUUGGCUGUGAGACCGUAUUUUGACGAUGAAGUUUUUCGUUUGGAAGUAGACUUACAAACACCAAAACUAACAGGUUCUAGUGAAAUUAGUGUAGAAGGUACUGUACAUGGAUUCAGAAUAAAUGGCAAAGGGCCCUUCAACCUAAGUAUGGAAGACCUCGAAACAAAAUGGAUUAUAAAAGGCCCAGUAGCAAAUGAUAUAUGGACUGUAGAAGAUUUUUAUGCAGCUCCUUCAAUUAAAAAAGUGAGGAUAUAUUUUGAUUUAGUCAGAGGCAAUAAAGAGCUCAAUGAUCUUGCCGUGAAUGUUGUGAAUGAAUUUUGGCCGUCAUUAUAUCGUAUAGUAAUACCGGCAGCAGCCAAAGCAUGGAACCCGUGGUUAUGUGACUUGACUAAUCGCUUCUUUUCGAAAGUUUCUUUUACGAAAAUAUUUUCAUAAUACUUAUAUACUUUUUAAGAUAUUGAUUAAAAAAUAAAUUUAGAUUUUGCGAAAAAUGUAGUGUACAUUCACUCAUGCAAAAGAAUGCAAAAAUUAGGUCAAAUAACAAAAAUGUUAAAUUUCAUAAAUUGUAAGUUACAUAUAAGUAAUCGGUUAUUUGUAAGUCACAUGUGUAAUUGUAUCGCACGGUUUUAAUGAUCAGACUAAUAGAUGUUGCAAUAUAUCAGAGUAAUCUUUAUUUCGUUGCAAUUUUUAAAAAAGUUUGUAUUUGUUAGUUACAAAAUACUUAAAACUAUUUAUUUUUUAGAUAUUUAAAAAUUUUUCCAGUAUUUAAAAAUGUUAAAAGUAUUAAAUAUAUAAAGAAAAAUAAAGAUACCAAGUUUUUGUUAUGGCAAGUAACUAUGGAAGAUCUCGAAGGAGCGUGGAUUAUAAAAGGCCAAAUGGCAAAUAAGAUAGAUGGACAGUAGAACAUUUCUAUGCAGCUUCUUCAAUUAAAAAAAUGAAGCUGUAUUUUGUAGAUUUAUUCCAUGGCAAUAAAGAGCUCAGGGAGCAAGCUAAUACAAAUAUAUUUCACCAUUUUAAGAAUUAAAAACUCGUGACUUUACAAAGUAAACGUUUAUGAAUUUUUAUAUAUAUUUUUGAAAAUAUAACGCAGUUUUAUUCAAAUUUUGUCUUGAUUAUUAGUUGUCUUUAUUCUGGAAAGCACUUUGUUAUAUAUUUUCAGAUGAUUUUGCCGUGAUUUUUGCACAUGAAUAUUGGUCGUCUUUAUAUCGAUAAUGUUACCGAUUAACAACCAAAAUAUGGAACCUAUGGUUGUGUGAUUUGGUCAAUUGCUUCUUUUCGACAGUUUCUUUUACGACAAUAUUUCCGCAAUACCUACAUACUUUUGAAGAGAUUCAUUAGAACAUAAAUUUAAAUUUUGUAAAAAGUUUGAUAUAUAUUCAAUCAUACAAAAAUCAUGCAAAAAUGAAGUCAAACAUUAAAAAUUUUAAAUUUCAUAAAUUGUAAGUUACAUAUAAGUAAUCGGCUAUUUGUAAAUUGCAUGUAUAAUUGUAUGUCUCGCACGAUUAAAAGAAUCUAUAGUAA